AUGAAAUCUCAUUCCUAACAUGAAAAUGGAACUUUGUAAUAAUUAGGUCGUUUGAGAAUACCAAAGGUACUAUUCUUGCCAGGUGAACCAAUGGCCAAAUAACGUGUUGAUUCUCUACCUUCUAGUCCUGUAAAGGGAAUUCCUAAUUAAGCUGAUGUUUAAGAGAAGUUAAAGAUAUUACAGGCAGAGAGAGAGGCAAGAUCAAAAUUGCAAGAGCAAGAAAUGUUUGAAAGAGAGAAACGAAGCUCAUUCAAUAGAUAGGCUCAUAUAAUAAACAAGUUGCAUAAUGUCGAAUAGUAGUUAGAAAAAUGGAAGAAGACUAGACAUAAUAUUGAAUUGUAAGUAGUUAGAGUAGCAAAAGUGUUAACAAGACCAAGAUGAGCUAGAUGAUCGAAUGUCAAUAAAAGACUGGAGUUGAAUUUCACCGUUCAAUUUAAUAAAGAAACAAGAGUUAUUCUGAUUUUGAACAUAGAAGUGCUGGAAUUUACUUAAAUCAUGAAAUAUUUUAAAGAAGAAAGGAGGUAGAGAGGGAACGAAAUUAAUUAGUAAAUUAAACUAGAUAUAGAAACAAUGUUGAUUAAGUAUUUAUAUAUUUAAAUAUUUAAGAUUGAUAGAAAUGUUAGAAUCAUGUAGAAAAAAUAUAGAACUGAAAAGAAAUGUUUUGCACUUCGUAAGCCCUUUUAUAAUAUAAAUGAUCUUAAAAAUUAUUCUCACUUCUUAUUAUUUUGA